GGACUGUGUUUCAAUUCGAGCAAUGGACAGUCUUAUACCUGUGAUUGCUUUACUGGUUUUCAAGGUGUAAAUUGCGAGCAAGUGAUGUUAAAUCCUUGCGCAAGCAAUCCUUGUUUCGCUGGUCAAUGCACUUAUUCUAAUCGAACGUUAGCUUACCAAUGUAAUUGCAACUCCGGGUGGUCAGGCCAAUACUGCGAUAUAGGAAUUACUGAUGGUUGCCAAGAUCAACCGUGUUGGGCAGGUACAUGUCAGCCAACCGGAGAUCAAAACUUUACAUGUAACUGCGUUCCAGGAUACACUGGCAAAUUGUGCGAUCAGAUACUACCGUGUUAUGUUAACCCAUGCCAACAUGAUGGAACUUGCACAAAUACGAAUGCAGGUACAAACUACACUUGCACUUGUCAAGGGAGAUUCACUGGCCGAAAUUGCGAUACCAUUAUUAACGACUUCUGCAGUGAUAACCCAUGCGGUAAUCGAGGAAUAUGCCUUGAUAUUGGUGACCGUCAUCAAUGCGUCUGUAAUCCUGGCUAUAAAGGCAGUAAUUGUCAAGUGAAUGAGUCACACUCGCCAUGCUUUUCUAGUCCUUGCAAGAAUGGUGGUUCUUGUCAAAAUGAAGCUGAUGGAUAUUCCUGCUCCUGC